AUGGCAGAAUUAAAUAAAAAUCUUGUUGAAAACUAUUGGCAAUUAUGGCGAAAACAGCAGUGUAACUACAAAGAUGAUGGCUAUUUUUACCAGCAUAUAAUUGACCAUGCUAUAGAAGCUCGUCAUAAAGAAACCCUUCAAGGCCUUAUGACCGAUUUAAAAUGGAUGAGAGCUAAAGUUAUAGCAUGCAACACCCUCCAUUGCCUAUACGCAGAUAUUUUGAAAUAUAUGAAAUCUACCCACCUCAGUGAAACUACAGCAAUUAUGGACAUUUCUGAACUAUACGACUUUCUACGGCAGAAUCAGUCCUAUUUCAACUUGGAGAAAAUGGACUUUUCACAAUUUCUGUUGAGUUGUAGUAGUCAUAAUAGCUGGAUUCAAGAGAAAGCACUGCAAAUUGUUGACAGUAAAGCGAAAGAAGAUAAUUUCAAAUUCCAUGUUAUGAUGACGGCCUAUCCUACUCCAUCCUUCAGCUAUCUAACAUUUUGGAACAAUAACAAACUAAUUGGAAGAUGCUGGAAUGAUGUAUUACCGCGACUUUCCAAUGGCAGUAUCGAUAAUUCAAAAAUAAUCUCCACUCAUUAUAAUGGAACUUUGGAUAGCUGUAUAGUAGUAAUUGACAACCAAACAGGUGAUACAAAGUAUAAAUUGCCAUUGCCAGCAAUUUGGGUUGAAGAAGUUCGAAUUUCAUCAGAUAGUAAAUUGAUGGCCUAUUCAAGCCAAGGGAUAUGGGAAGUAAGUGGUAAUAAAAUCCAACGCACAACGAAAUCGAUAGCAAGCCAACAAGAGAUUACUUUAUUCCAAACCUUACCUAAAGGUGGUAAAUUUCUGCUACUGCGUAAGAAAUACAAUCAGCAUCAAGGACAACAGGAGAAAGAUUGGGUCAAUGAAUGUCUGAUCGAGAUUUGGAAUAUACUGCCAUUUUUUUGCCAUCAAUCUAUUCGAGUUCCAGGACGAAUUAAGUGUGAUGGAAAUUCAUAUAGCAUAAGUAAACAUGGAAAUAAAGCAAUGGAAUUAAGUCAUGUGCAAUACACUUCCAAUGAUUACCUCAAUAUUGUUGCGCUAUACCAUUCCAAAGCCUAUAAAGGUUCUGUUUUAGGCUUAUUAACCAUGGUAAACCGUGGAAAUACAUCGAUUGAUUUUAUUACAAUGUGGAAAAGACAUUUUAAGAUAAUUCAUCAUGAUCCCAAGUGUAUCAACCAUUCAGCUAUAUCCGAUGACGGGCAAUAUUUAGCAAUCUUGAAUGGUCAGGGUAAUCUGAUGGUUUUUCGAAUCGACGGCAAUAGUAUUAGUGAAUAUGUAAUUAUAAACUGCAUGCAAACUAUACGUCAACUGCUAUUUGUUCCCACUGGCUACGAUCUAUUAACGUACGAUUGCUCGUCUCAAAAACUUUAUGGAUUUACGGUAACAGAUCGUAAUUUGAAAUGGCAAAAGAUGGAUAGUGAAAGCAAAAUAGCGUUUCGCCAAUGUCAUAACGAAGAUUACAAUUGCGGUAAAGUGCUUGAUUCCAGUUGCACCUUUAUCGAUUGUAUUCCAUACGUCACCAAGCUCAUGAAGAUGAACGAUGAAAGUCUAAGACUAAUAGUCUAUACCGGAGAAUCUUUAGAAGCUAUAUCCAAGUGUAACCUGGGCGAAUAUAAGUGUGAAAGAAAGUAUAGCUGCUUCUUAUUUCAUAAUCUAGAUUCAAUCGUUGUCGUUCAACGCUAUAAAUGCAAUCAAACACAUUGGACCAAGCUAGUAACUACUUCUCAUUGGCAUUUUAGCUUAGUUCAGUAUGACAACAUACAAAUGCCAGCAGCUGAUUCCAAACAAGUAGAACAUAUCUUUGAUAAUUCAGAUUAUAACCUAACGAUCACGGAAGCAGUAUAUAGAGCAAGUGAUAAAAAAUUGAUAUUCAUUCUAAAAAUGCUAUAUCCGGAUUUAUUCCAGAAGUUUGCAAUUUUUAUUAUUGAUCGACCUAGUGGUAAUAAGGUGAUCUACUGUGAAAACGUUCAUAAUAUCCAACUAUCGACUAUGAUCUACUGUGACGAUCGAAACUGUAUCCUCCAUCAGUGGUUGAUAAAUGGAGACCACGCCAUCAAGUGGUAUAGAAUUGGGGAUGAUAUCAACAAAAGUGCGCUAGUAAAGGAGCAUCAAUAUAAAUACUAUAAUGGAUUAGCUUGCAAAAUUGAUACACCAAAUAAGAAAUCAUUGCAAGAUGUAAACUUGCUCAUUUCUCCAUGGGACACCAUAAGCAUGUUGGAAACCUUUAACACCGCGGAUACAGAGCUAUUUGUAAGUUGUUGUGGCUAUGAUUCAAAGUAUGCAAUAUACUGA